AUGUUGCUACGCCUUCUUUUGAUUUUCCAAUUGCUAAGAUUCAUUAAAAGUGAUCAUUUUACGGGGGGAUCAAUCAGUUUUCGUUCAUCUGGCGAUGGUACAACUGUAAAACUGACAAUCGUUCAAACUUAUCUGUGGGCAUAUAAGAUAAUACCAUGCAGGCCGUCUCGACAAUCGAUCAAACUUUACAGUUCUGAUGGUACUCUUGGAUUAUCUUGCUUUUCAUCAUCUGCAACAUCGAUUAGCCCUAAAUUCAUUUCGAUUGUAAAGAUGUCAUGUGUAGAUGCUAGUGACUCUUUAGAUGUUUCUGUAACGCAGACAAUUACGUCUGUUCGAGCCGCACAGAAUGGUCAGGUCAACUGUAGUUUUCGAAGUUCUUCAUGGCGAAAUUUUGCAAUGUCAAAUAGCCCUUCAAAGGUGUUUUGGAGCUUUUUAUUAAAGGUCAUUCAAUCUAAUCGACCAGAUGGAACAAUCAAUUCAUCACCACAGGUGGCCUUAGUUUCACCCGUCGUCAUCCUUCACAGCGGUCAAUCUCAAAUCAUUUCCAUUCCUGUCAUUGAUCAAGACAAUGAUACAGUUCAAUGCCGUUUUGCGAAUACGAGUACUGAAUGCGGUGAUGCAUGUAUGUCGAAUACUCGACUUACAAAUGCCAUUCUUUCGAAUAAUUGUACUUUAAUUAUUUCUGCAUCCCAGUCAACAGGUUGGUAUCCUGUAUCUAUUCAGAUUGAAGACUUUUUACCCGGCAAUAAUACACCCUUAAGUUCUACUCCAUUUCAAUUUUUCAUUCACAUUCAAUAUUUAUCAUUAUUCAAUUGUAAACAAGCACCAAUAUUGAAUAGCAGUAUAACCACACUUAUUCAAAAUGUUACUAUCAACAUCCCAUUUUCCUUUCAAUUGAUCGCUAGUACUACUUGUGCUUAUUACUGGGGCUGGGGAGUUACCAUGGAUAACAUUUUAACAUUCGCGCUUCUCAAUAUUGUCAAAAGUCCACUCGUCCGCAUCGGUAGAUCACAACAAACAUGGAAAAUGAAUGUCUUGUGGACACCUACAUCGCAACAAAUUGGUUUACAACUUCUAUGUAUGGUUGCCGUCGACAGUCAAGGAUUACAAUCAAAGCAACUAUGUCAAAAAUUCAUGGUUAAUUCACCUAUAACAUCAAGUUUCGAGCAAUUGAAUCAAUCAAUGACCUUAGAUCUUAGUGGCAAUACAAUUGGUAUUAUUGGAUUUCAAUUUAAUUCAACUAUUUCUGAUUUGGUGAAUAUCAAUGUUACUAAUGAUGAUAAUUUCAUACAACAAUUUGUUAACUUAUCGGUCAUAUAUGUUAAUCUUUCUUUAUGUCAACUUGUCACUACCAUUACAUUUCAGUCAAAGAAUGUAGAAUUACUCAAAAAUAUUUCACGUGAUCUUCAAUUAAUAAUUUGUCAUAUUUCUACAACUUGCAAUUAUACAACAGAAAAUGAUAUUAUGGAUCAAGAUAGCUUUAUUGAAAGCUUUGAUAUUGGUAAUAAUAUAAUGCCAUUGGAUCAAAUCAUUAAUACUUUAAAUCAAGAUUUUAGUUUUGAAUCAAAUNGCACAGAAUGCCCUUCAAAGGUGUUUUGGAGCUUUUUAUUAAAGGUGAUUCAAUCUAAUCGUCCAGAUGGAACAAUCAAUUCAUCACCACAGGUGGCCUUGGUUUCACCCGUCGUCAUCCUUCCGAACGGUCAAUCUCAAAUCAUUUCCAUUCCUGUCAUUGAUCAAGACAAUGAUACAGUUCAAUGCCGUUUUGCGAAUACGAGUACUGAAUGCGGUGAUGCAUGUAUGUCGAAUACUCAACUUAAAAAUGCCACUCUUUCGAAUAAUUGUACUUUAAUUAUUUCUGCAUCCCAGUCAACAGGUUGGUAUCCUGUAUCUAUUCAGGUUGAAGACUUUUUACCCGGCAAUAAUACACCUUUAAGUUCUACUCCAUUUCAAUUUUUCAUUCACAUUCGAUAUUUACCAUUAUUCAGUUGCAAACAAGUGCCAAUAUUGAAUAGCAGUAUAACCACACUUAUUCAAAAUGUUACUAUCAAUACCCCAUUUUCCUUUCAAUUGAUCGCCAGUACUACUUGUGCUUAUCACUGGGGCUUGGGAGUUACCAUGGAUAACAUUUUAACAUUUGCACUUCUCAAUAUUGUCAAAAGUCCACUCGUUCGCAUCGGUAGAUCACAACAAACAUACACAAUCAAUCUCUUCUCGACACCUACAUCACAACAACUUGGUUUACAACUUCUAUGUAUGGUUGCCGUCGACAGUCAAGGAUUACAAUCAAAGCAACUAUGUCAAAAAUUCAUGGUUAAUUCACCUAUAACAUCAAGUUCUGCGUCAUCAUCUUAUAAUUCCUCUACUACAUUAAUAAGAACUUAUUCAGUACCUUUUUCAUCAUAUACAAAAACUUUCAAUGAUAACAGUAUAAUUAGUUUCGAGCAAUUGAAUCAAUCAAUGACCUUAGAUCUUAGUGGCAAUGCAAUUGGUAUUAUUGGAUUUCAAUUUAAUUCAACUAUUUCUGAUUUGGUGAAUAUCAAUGUUACUAAUGAUGAUAAUUCCAUACAACAAUUUGUUAACUUAUCGGUCAUACAUGUUAAUCUUUCUUUAUGUCAAAUUGUCACUACCAUUACAUUUCAGUCAAAGAAUGUAGAAUUACUUAAAAAUAUUUCACGUGAUCUUCAAUUAAUAAUUUGUCAUAUUUCUACAACUUGCAAUUAUACAACAGAAAAUGAUAUUAUGGAUCAAGAUAGCUUUAUUGAAAGCUUUGAUAUUGGCAAUAAUAUAAUGCCAUUGGGUCAAAUCAUUAAUACUUUAAAUCAAGAUUUUAGUUUUGAAUCAAAUGUUUUAAAUUAUUCAAUUGAUAUCUAUUUCAAUCAAAAUCAAUUAUUUCUAUUAGAAAAUCUCACGAUUGUAAUGUUAGAUGAUAUUGUUAUAGAUUGGAUAAGAAUUUAUUAUAUUCUUCCAGAUCGAUCAAUUGUAAAAAGUCAUUUUUUAUCAAUGCUAAAUUCAUCAGGUACUUCGUCGAUUAUUGUUAAUUUUCCAUGUAUAAGCUCAUUGGUAUUAUCGGGUAUACGAAUUAUAUUUGGUCCAACGAAUGAUAAUUCAACACUUGAUCAUCUUGCAUUAUCAAUUGAUGUGCGUAAUUGUUCCAGUAUAUCUUAUAAUAAUUUCAUAUUGAGCGACAAUCUUCUAAAUGAAACAGUUGUAUUAUAUAGUCGAAUUCCAGAAGAAACCAAGAAAAACCUAACUUUUCCUUCUCCAUAUAGUAUUUUAAGUUACACAAUUGAAUGUAGUUCUUCAAAUAACAAUACCAAUAACAUUACAUUCUCUAUAAUUAUGUCAAAUGGUACUAUCGGAUAUUCAUAUAAUGUUAGGAAUAUACCUACUCUUUUGACAAAUUUUACAUGGAAUAGUAGUUCUCCGAUCUGGGCGUUUGGAUUCACUGUGCAUUCAUUCUCUCAAGGCAACAUAUCAUGUUCAAGUAUAUGGAUUGAAUAUUUGGAUUGUUCUCAAUGCAAUGAUAGUAUGAAUAUAAUGAAUAAUGAUUUGAAUAUUGUGCGUAAUAUUACUACUAUUCCAAAGAUUAAAGCACCUUUAUCAUUUAUAUUAAAUCGUAAUGAAGAAGGAAUGAAUUUUAGUACAUCAUUAGCGGCAAUUAAAGUUCGCUUUCAGUAUCCAAUGUCAAUGAAUACAUUAGGUAAUCCAAAUUCUUAUGUACUCUCUACAAUUCGACUUGAUCCAGACUAUAUAACCAAUGUUGAAAAUAUUUCCGUUCUAUUUCUUCUCGAAAACAAUUCCAUUCUAAACGAUAUUAAUGGACUAAUGUUAACAUAUGUAUCUCAAUCUAAUAAUAAUAAUACAAUUAUCAUAUCAUCACAGAAAAAUGUCACUAUUUGGGGUUUAUCAAUUAAUUUAACAGCAAUAUCAUCGAGUAUACUAUAUAAUGUUAAGAUGCAAAUAUUUGUACGUGAUUGUACGAAUAAUCAAGAUUGGUUACCUGAUUGGAUAAAUACUAAUGAUAACGAAUUGAUAACAACGGAAGCAACAACAUCAUUUUUCAGUUCAUUAUUAGAUUCAUCUGUUUCUACAAUUUUUACAAAUAAUCGUGUGUCUUUUGACCCAUGUCUUGUUCUUCGACCAUGUCAAAAUAAUCGUAAAUGUCAUGAUGAUAGUCAAUAUAAUCUUGGUUAUUCUUGUGAUUGUGGAUCCGAUUUUAAUGGUCAUGAUUGUGAAAUUGAUGUUCGAAUAUGUAAACCAACUACUUGUUGGCACAAUGGUACUUGCGUUAAUAUUUCAACUACAGAAUUCCGUUGUGAUUGUAUGGAAGGUUGGUAUAGUAAAAAUUGUGAACUUCUCGUUGAUUUUUGUCAUAAUAUUACUUGUCGCCAUGGUGGUGUAUGUCGUAAACAUUGGCUAAAUUUCACUUGUGAAUGUACAUCCGGAUAUUUUGGUCGUUUUUGUGAGAAUGAAUUUCAUCAUCGUACCAUUCGUCGUUAUGUAUCGGAAUCAUGUGGAAUAAGUAUGUACAAUAAUUANAAUAUACCUACUCUUUUGACAAAUUUUACAUGGAAUAGUAGUUCUCCGAUCUGGGCGUUUGGAUUCACUGUGCAUUCAUUCUCUCAAGGCAACAUAUCAUGUUCAAGUAUAUGGAUUGAAUAUUUGGAUUGUUCUCAAUGUAAUGAUAGUAUGAAUAUAAUGAAUAAUGAUUUAAAUAUGGUGCAUAAUAUUACUACUAUUCCAAAGAUUAAAACACCUUUAUCAUUUAUAUUAAAUCGUAAUGAAGAAGGAAUGAAUUUUAGUACAUCAUUAGCGGUAAUUAAACUUCGAUUUCAAUAUCCAAUGUCAAUGAAUACAUUAGGUAAUCCAAAUUCUUAUGUACUCUCUACAAUUCGACUUGAUCCAGACUAUAUAACCAAUGUUGAAAAUAUUUCCGUUCUAUUUCUCCUCGAAAACAAUUCCAUUCUAAACGAUAUUAAUGGACUAAUGUUAACAUAUGUAUCUCAAUCUAAUAAUAAUACAAUUAUCAUAUCAUCACAGAAAAAUGUCACUAUUUGGGGCUUAUUAAUUAAUUUAACAGCAAUACCAUUGAGUAUACCAUAUAAUGUUAAGUUGCAAAUAUUUGUACGUGAUUGUACGAAUAAUCAAGAUUGGUUACCUGAUUGGAUAAAUACUAAUGAUAGUGAAUUGAUAACAACGGAAGCAACAACAUCAUUUUUCAGUUCAUUAUUAGAUUCAUCUGUUUCUACAAUUUCUACGAAUAAUCGUUUGUCCUUUGAUCCAUGUCUUGUUCUUCGACCAUGUCAAAAUAAUCGUACAUGUCAUGAUGAUAGUCAAUAUAAUCUUGGUUAUUUUUGUGAUUGUGGAUCCGAUUUUAAUGGUCAUGAUUGUGAAAUUGAUGUUCGAAUAUGUAAACCAACUACCUGUUGGCACAAUGGUACUUGCGUUAAUAUUUCAACUACAGAAUUUCGUUGUGAUUGUAUGGAAGGUUGGCAUAGUAAAAAUUGUGAACUUCUCGUUGAUUUUUGUCAUAAUAUUACUUGUCGCCAUGGUGGUAAUGAAUUUCAUCAUCGUACCAUUCGUCGUUAUGUAUCGGAAUCAUGUGGAAUAAUUGCGAUUAUUAUUCUUUCUGCUGUUAUCGGAUUCGUUGUGUUUAUGGAUAUUUUAAAAUACAUCUUUAAUAUUGAUCCAGUACAAAAACAGCGUAAUCGAAUAAAUCAUCGGAAAGCAAAAAGAAAACAGAAGACUAUUUAUCGUUAUCAAUAUAUUCCUUAA